UAAAAUGUCAGUAACUAUGACCCUCCUCACGACCCCAAAGCACUAAACUACUCUCUGAAACCAACAACUCAUAUAAGUAGAUUCACUCCCACGGCUCACGCACUGUCACACUCACAAAACACACAGUAAAAGCAACAUAAAUCUGAGUUUUAGGAUUAUCAGCUUGUUUAUUUAUUUAUUUUUUAUGAUGAUGUUAUGAAGUCUCUUUUGCUGCACAAAUUGCACUACUGUUGAAGUGUUUUUGUGCAUUAUAUUGCCACAAUGAAAUCUCAACACCCCAAGCUAAAAACUGCGCCGCGUCCACUUUUUUCUUGCGGGUUUUUUCGCAACUGUACUCAAACAGUGCUCAGUCCGACGACCACCACUCCUCCAGCACUCCCUUUCCCAGCCACCUCUGAUCAGCCACCGCCAAAACCAACAUCACCACCACCACCACCUCCUCCUCCUCCUCCACCUCUCCCUCCUCCACCUUCUUCCUCUCAUCCACCACAUGCACCGACCAAACCCGAUUCGGAAUCAUCCUCAUCUUCCUCAAACACCUCCCAGAGCUUCACCCAAUGGAGGUUCCCGCUGACUAACUCCCCCAUCUCUCACCAUCUUAUCCACCCGUAUCAGCAAACUCAAGAAAAGCCGAAGCUUUCGGAGCCCACCCCACCAAGAAAAGCGCCUGAUUCUCUGCCGCCGCCGCCACUAUCCGCUACCAAGUUGGAAGAAACUUUUCACGUUGCGGAGCUUCGUUUCAGCUCUGGAUCCGACGAAGACAAGCUCGGCGCGCUACACUUGCUGGAAAAGUCACUCGUUCCAAACCCACGCGCAGUUGCGGACGGUGGAGAUGCGGUGGCAUGCCCGGCUACGGUGAUGAAAUGGGUGGUGAGCUGCCUAAAAGAAAGGGUCAUGGCUAAGUCGGCCAGUAAAGUUUUAUUGGCGCUAUGUUUGGUCGAAGGUGACAGACAUGCAGCAGUCGAAGCCGGGGCAGUUGGUGUUGUGGUGGACGCAAUGGCGGAUUUGGAGGGUGCGGUGGCAGAAAGGUCGUUGGCAGCAUUGGAGUUGCUCUGCACGGUGGCCGAAGGGGCGGCAGAGCUGAGGUCUCACGCGCUUGCAGUGCCGAUGAUGGUGGAGGUGAUGGGGAGGAUGGAGGGGAGAGGUAAAGAGUAUGCCAUUAGUGUCCUGGCGGUGAUUUUUGGUGGCUGUACUGAUGGGGCGGUGGUGGCGCCUCCUGAGGAGGUGGCGCGUGCGGUAAUGUUAGCUCUUCAAGGUGACUGUAGUGCUAGGGGCAGGAGAAAAGCGGCCCAACUUCUGAAGAUUCUGCAGGAGGAAAAUGGACGGUUGGAUUUGACUCAAGACGGGUGAUCAACGGUCCUAAAGAGUAGUAAUCUUACGGCUUUAAGGUCAUCUGUCAAAUUUGGUCAAAAUGGUCCCAUUGACCUGCCUGACUUGCUUCUCUCUUUUUUAUGGGGUUAGGGUUUUAAGGGUUUUGAUAUAUCUGUAUUAGUGUAGAGGGUACGUAUUAUGCACUAUGAGUUUUUCUUUUCCUUUUUUUUUUGUGGGUUAGGAAAAUGUAAUGAGUCUAUGAUAUUGGGGUAAUAUGGUAGUCGUAAUAAUCCUUGGGGUUAACCACAAAAAAAAAAAAAAAGGUGGAGAAU